AUGGAGCCUGAUCUUUCUAUAUUCUAAGACCCUCAAUAAAAUACUAAGCAAAAAUUCUUAGAUGUUUAAUUAAUUUUAGGAUUUUAACUCAUUCAUUAUUUCUAUUUUUGUUUCAGAGCUUUCAAGAAAUAAUCUUCAUUUUUUAAUCAAAUAGGUAUUGCUAAUUUUAUAUUUUUUAGGACCAACAAUGAUAUUAAAGACUUGUCUUAUUUUGUCAUUUUAUAUAGUAUUUAAGAAAAUUAAGUAUUCAUCUGAUGAAUUUAUUAUGGGUCAUUUGAUAAUUGGAAUAAUUUUUCAAAUAGGUGCUUUGCUUUAUGAAAAACAAUUUGCUUAGAUUGUUUAUCAAUUUACUAUCAUGGUCUAAUACUCAUAUUUUGUGUAAUAAAUGACAGAUGACUCAAUAAAAUUUCUUUUUUCGGCAACAUAAUAUUCAUAAAGUUUGGCUUUUAUUUAUCAUUUAUAUUAAAUGAUUAAAAAUAAAAAUGGGACAACUUUAAGUCCAUUACAAUUAAAAAUGCAUAUUUUGGAAUCUAUGUUUUAAAUCACGAUAAGUUUAACAGGAAAACAUGAUUUUAUUUCAAGUGGGGCAGGGAUUGUAUAUUUAUUAUCUUCUAUAUUCUGCUUAAGAGUAUAGAAAGAAUUGUUCAAAUUUUAAGAGAAGAAAAUAAGUGGAAAGUAGAAGACUUAAUGA